AUGUCUGGUACCGCUGGUAUCACCCUGGUCUGGUACGUUUUAGGGCAGCCCGUCCGACCAACCAGAGCCCUGUCAACGGAUGCUCGGUGGCAAGACAAUGCCCCGAAGGCCAAUAAUCGCCGCUCAGAACGGCCCACCGUCAAAACUGUCCAAUGGGCAUCGUUUCCCGGCGGCUCUAAUCGGCUGCUCAGUGGACUAAAGCGCAAGCGGCUGUCGGAUGAAGACCGGGUCCCAGCCUGGAACUUCUAA